AUGCCGAACGCCAUCGAUAUCUCAGCUUCCUCGAUGACCGGCCUGUUGGGCGCAGUCGAGGCUUCGAAAACAGCACAUUCUCUGGCGCGCAAACCGACAGGAAAAACGACGGGCGAUGGUACUGUAGAGGACAUCUACAACAUUUCGCGCUACAAAAAGGGCUCGGCGAUCACAAAAAACAGCUCCAAGUCAAAAGAUUAUUUUGAAAGGAACUCCAAGGGAUCAAAUAAAGGUGUCAAGUCCCGGGCAAUGAAAGAUAAAUUGGAAACUCGAGCUGCGCGGAUAUCAUCGCAACCUCCCUCGGUGCAAGAACAGCUGGCAAUGGAAGCACUCCAGCGCAAGUCAAAAAUAUACGAUGCCACUAUACGAGGCCAGAAAGGAGGAUUAUCUGAGAAACAGUUGGAGGCCUGUCCAUUGGAUAUCGAUGCCAAGCGAGCCAAUCUGAACUUGCAGGCCGACUCGGACACGGACGAAAGCGUGGAGGAAGUAUCCAAGCCUACCAACAUUGGCUCCUCAUCGAUGCCUCCCACGUCCUUCGCAGGUCGGUUAUCGUCUGCACAAGACCUACCUAGAUCGCCCAUACUGGGUGAACGAGAACCCGAGGAAGAAGAAUGGAUCGAGGGUAAAGAUGAAUUUGGACGAGAUACCUUAAUUCCCGCAUCCAAACUAAAAACUUCCCCACUCGAUCCCCAACGAACUCUGGCGUUUGCUCAGACAGAAAGCGCCAGUCAUCUGCAAGAAAUCGGAGCUCAAUACGGCGCCCAAACUGAAUUUCCAUUACUCGAGCUCCCCGAAGGACUUCAGCGAAAAAGGACGGCAGAUGAACCUAUUGAGAAGUACUUUGAUCCAAAGGCUGAGCGCCGCCAGCUGGGGACAGCCUUCUAUGCUCUCUCCAGCAAUCCGGAAGAGCGUCAACGUCAGCAGGAGGAGCUUCGUGCCCGCGAGGAAGAAACUAAGCAGGCCCGCACCGCAGCAAACAAGCUUCCCGAGAAACAGUUGAGCGCGGCCGAAAAGGCUCUUGAAGCUCGUAAACGUCUCUUACAGUCUAAGAAAGAAGAACUUGCUCGUAAACGCAUGAAGAAAACGGACGUGAGCUCAGCUGGUCCGGCUCCGUCAUCGUGA